UUCUAGAGCAGUCUGACUUUUCGCAACCCUCUAAUAUUACAAUCUCCUCCCAUUCCUUACUUCUAGUUUUCCUAUCUUAGCCCUCGUAGUAAAACAAAUCCUCCACCAUGACAAGCACAACCGUGAAAGCCUCCGUCCUCAAUGGAGCGCGAGAUCUGCGCCUAGUAAGUCAAUCCCCGCCACCGACAACCCGAGUCCUCACUGACCCCCCCAACCAGAUAGAGCGCGAGCUAGCCCCCCUCGCCGCCGACGAGGUCCACGUCUCCGUGAAGGCGACGGGCCUGUGCGGCUCGGACCUGCACUACUUUGCGCACAACCGCAACGGCGACAUCCUGGUGCAGGAGCCGCUGACGCUGGGCCACGAGUCGAGCGGCGUCGUGGUCGCCGCCGGGCCCGAAGCCGAGGGCCUCCGGCCCGGCGACCACGUCGCCCUCGAGGUCGGCCUGCCCUGCGGCCGGUGCGCCCUCUGCGACGCCGGUAGGUACAACAUCUGCCGCGACAUGCGCUUCCGCAGCUCCGCCAGGGCAAUGCCGCACGCGCAGGGCACCCUGCAGGGGAUGAUUUCGCACCCGGCGAAGUGGUGUCACAAGCUCCCCGAAGGCGUGUCCCUCGAGCUUGGCGCCCUAGCCGAGCCCCUCUCGGUAGCCAUGCACGCGCGCGACCGGGCAUCCCUCCCGGCGGGGUCGACGGUGCUGGUGUUCGGGGCCGGGUCCGUGGGCCUGCUGUGCGCGGCGGUCAGCAAGGCGGGUGGGGCCAAGACGGUCGUCAUCGCCGACAUCCAGGAGGACCGCGUACGGUUCGCCGUCGACAACGGGUUCGCCGACGCCGCCGUCGUCGUGCCCAUGAGGCGGCCCGAGACGAUCGAGGACAAGCUCGCGUUCGCGCGGGAGGUCGCCGCGAUGGUCGCCGCCGCGGAGAGGAAGGAGGGCGGCGGGCCUGUCGGCGAGGUCGAUGGCACGUAUGAGUGCACGGGCGUUGAGUCGUGCCUGCAGGCGUCCAUCUACGCAACGGGACCCGGAGGGAAGAUCAUGCUCAUCGGCAUGGGCAACCCCAUCCAGACACUGCCCAUCUCCGCCGCGUCGCUCCGUGAGGUGGACCUGGUUGGCGUCUUCCGCUACGCUAACACCUAUCCCAAGGCCAUCCAGCUGCUCGCGAGCAACGACCCGCUGCUCCCUGACCUCAGGAAGCUGAUCACCCACAGGUACGCCGGCAUGGAUAGCAUACCGCAGGCGUUCGACAUGGCGGGCAAGGUCAAGGAUGAGGAGGGCAAGCUGGUUCUGAAGGUCAUGAUAGAUAUGUGAGAUAGCAUUCCCCAGGAAAUCAUCGAAUGGAUUUGUCUUUCAAAACAUGAGGUCUAAUGGAUGUAACGACUCUAAUCUAACUGAGCUACCGUGCUUACGACUUGUCCGGGA